AUGCAGGCGGGCACGGGAAACGGAUGCCAAUCUACUCUUUGGAUCCUGCAUCGACGACCUCGACUGCGCGUCUACGCUGAGACGAAGCUCACCGCUCUCUGGGCUGAGAACGAUACCACUGGCGUGCGACAACAGAUCGACGACGGCUUCGUCUCCGCGGACACAGCGCCGCUCAUGGCACAGGUCGCGCUCCGUAAUGGUCCCUUCACGUUGACGACUUCUUUCCUUUCAAUCCAACCUACAGACACCAUUCACGAUCAGCAAAAUGUGAGAGGGCAAUUCGAGGGCCGCCUACAGUGGCAGGCACCGCAACGCACACAAUCAUGGGACCUGGGAUCAACCGGCAAAGGCAUCUUGAUCGGCAUGCUCUCAGCUUUCGGUACUGCAGCGCUCGUCACCCUACUUGUAGCCAUCUUCUACUUUCUUCGAUAUACCAGUUCUGGUCGCAUUUUACUGGAUCGCUUCGGUCGCCCGGGAGAGUUCGACGACGAACAACAAUUCUUACGAGAUGAGGAAGAUGCAUUGGCGGACAUGGACGAUUUACAGCGGGCUGAGUAUCAAAGGGCAAAGGCUUUCGUGCAAGCAAAUCCACCCGAGUCGAUACAAACGGACAUUUCAUUAUCUCAAUUUCUAGCAAUACAGGAGAAGGGUGUGUCGGCUUGGGAGUUCGAGCCGGAACUAGAGAUCGCCAAUUGCUUUGUGGAGGCGCGGACAGAGAUCGAGUUCUUUGAUUCAGAGUGCAGUGUGCAAAGCAACUUGCCGAUACCAAAACAAAACGAGGUCUACUAUUGGGAGGCCAAAAUUUAUGAUCAGCCAGAAACGACUACGCUCAGCAUCGGUCUAACGACAAGACCUUAUCCGCUGUUUCGGAUGCCAGGAUUCCACAAAACUUCCGUCGCAUACCUCUCUUCUGGACAACGGCGAUAUAAUCAACCCUUCAAUGCCACCAACUAUGGUCCCCAGUACGUCCAAGGUGACGUGAUCGGUGUAGGCUACCGGCCACGGACGGGCGCGGUCUUCUUCACCAGGAAUGGCAAAAAGCUUGAGGAGGUCGCCCAUGGCUUGAAAACACAGAACUUCUUCCCGACAGUAGGAGCCAAUGGGCCCUGUGUCGUCCAUGUCAAUUUUGGCCAACUUGGUUUCGUGUUCAUCGAGGCGAAUGUGAAGAAAUGGGGACUCGCUCCCAUGACUGGAAGUCUCGCGCCACCCCCACCCUAUGGCAGCGAAGCGGGCAGCAUAUUACUCGAGUCUGGCCGCGACGGUGUCCGAGAAGGAUCAAGUUGGUUUCCAGGUCACUUGCGGACCAACAGCAGUAAUCAGACCAGGUUACAAGGACGGCCGAUGAGAAGUCCCAAUGGCCCAGACCGAUCGCCAACAGAUAUUUCGCUCGCGCAUCUCAACCUUAUGGAUUACAACGAGCCGGUGGAUGAAACCCACGAAAGCAACGAAGCGGGCGAGGGCCGAAGCGAACCUUUCUCGCCACCUCCCAGAGCCAGCAGUCAGCGACAAACUGGAGCGCCGCAAUCGCAAAACGAGGGACCCUCACACGAAUCUGCCGAUCACCCACCUCCUGAUUACGAGAGCCCCCGUGGCAGCGUCGGUGGCACCGAAAGCGACGGGGAUGGUGACGAGGAUCUGACGCCUCGAGCGAGCAGCGGACGGCCGAUUGAGCAACAGCCGCUGUUACGCCGAGAGGGCAGUCCACCCAUCCCCUCCUACGAAGCCGCAACCGGUUCAUCUCGACGAGGUGGCGGUGGCUCAUGACCUCUUGCUCCCCCUCUCUUUCCCUCUUUACUUUGAUACUCACUGACAGCGUGGUGGCUCUACUCGAUUUAUUGGUUUGGCGUCCUCGGGUGUUUUUUUGCCGUAUGAAACCCGUCUCAUGGAGUUCAGCGUUUGGCGUUCGCCCUUUCUUUUUAUCAUCAUUCACUCGCUUCUGCGACCUGGACCCCAUCCAGUCAGCCAGCCAGAUGCUAGCCACAUAAGACUCUGGUCUUUCAAGGCAUCUCUCCUUAUCAAAUAACUGCUGCUCAGCUUGAGUCGGACCCACUCCACUCUGAUUCU